AUGUCUUGUACUCGAUCCUGUAUGAUGAUACAAAGUCAAAAUUAUAGCACAAAUUCAUCAAAGAUUAACUUGGCCCAAUUUCCAGCUGAAUAUAUUCGAAACUUUUCUGUCAUUGCCCAUGUGGAUCAUGGCAAAAGUACGUUAUCAGAUCGUUUGAUGGAAAUCACAGGAACCAUUCCAGCCUCAAGUAAAAACAAACAAGUUCUGGAUAAACUGCAAGUUGAGCGAGAACGUGGCAUCACAGUGAAAGCCCAAACAGUAUCACUUCGCCAUGUUUACAAAGGCAAAGAAUACCUGCUCAACUUGAUUGAUACUCCUGGCCAUGUUGAUUUCAAUUAUGAGGUGUCUCGAUCUUUAGCAGCUUGCCAAGGAGUUUUGCUCUUAGUCGAUGCCAAUCAUGGAAUACAAGCGCAGACUGUAGCUAAUUUUUAUUUAGCAUUUGAAAUGGAGAAAACCAUCAUCCCAGUAUUGAAUAAAAUUGACUUGAAGGGGGCUCAACCUGAUGUGAUAACCAAACAGUUGGAAACUGUGCUUAAUAUCGAACCAAGUGAAGUUCUGAAGGUGUCAGCCAAACUUGGAACCGGUGUCUCAAAAUUACUUGAUGCUGUAAUUGAGCGCAUUCCUCCGCCUCCAAGUGAUCUUCAAGCUCCCUUAAAAAUGGUAACCUUUGAUUCCUGGCAUGACCGUUUCCGAGGAGCUGUUGUAAAUAUUGCAGUUCUUGAUGGAGUAAUUUCAAAACGAGAUAAAAUAACAUCAGUUGCAACACAGAAAAAUUAUGAAGUCCAAGAAAUUGGAAUUAUGUAUCCAGAACAGGUUCCCAUGGAAAAACUUUAUGCUGGUCAAGUAGGUUAUAUGAUGGCAAAUAUUCGAGACAUCAAAGAAGCUCGUAUCGGUGAUACAUUCCACCAUUUUAACCAACCUGUUGAGCCACUGCCAGGAUUCAAGCCAGCAAAACCUAUGGUUUUUGCUGGUGUUUUUCCUGCUGAUCAAUCAGAAUAUGAUAAUCUUCGGAAAGCAAUUGAAAAAUUGACAUUGAAUGAUUCCAGUGUAUCUGUGGUGUCAGACAGUAGUCCAGCCCUUGGUCAGGGUUGGCGUUUAGGAUUCCUUGGUUUACUUCACAUGGAUGUUUUUAAUGAACGGCUAGAGCAAGAACAUGAUGUCUCUGCCAUUAUGACAGCACCAAAUGUACUUUAUAAAGUGAAAAUCAUUGGUACCAAGAAUAUCAAACAGUACCAGACAGACACUGUCACAGUAGUUAACCCUUGCAAGCUUCCAGAUCCAAGUAUCAUCAGUGAGUAUUUUGAACCAGUUGUCCUGGGCACAAUCAUCACUCCUCAAGAUUAUCUUUCACAAGUCAUUAAUCUUUGUUUGGAAUGUCGUGGGGAUUUAAGAGAACAAGUGAAUAUUGAUGACAAUCGAGUGAUGAUUAUGUCCAUGUUGCCUUUGAACGAGAUUCUGGUUGACUUUUUUGACACUCUCAAGUCUAUGACAUCAGGAUAUGCCAGUUUUGAUUAUGAAGAUCAAGGAUACCAACAGUCAAAUCUUGUUAAGAUUGUUUUCAAUUUGAAUAGCCAACCUGUUGAUGAACUCACGGUCAUCUGUCAUGUAUCAAAGGCAAGACAAAUGGCUAAGAAAAUGUGCAACAAGUUGAAAGAGACAAUUCCACGUCAGUUGUAUCGAAUCAGCAUCCAGGCAUCGGUUGGAAGCAAAAUAUUGGCCCGUGAGGAUAUCGGUGCUUACCGGAAAGAUGUCCUUGCUAAAUGUUAUGGUGGUGAUAUUACUCGCAAGAUGAAGCUGUUACGACAACAGGCAGAAGGAAAGAAGAAAAUGCGCAAAAUUGGUAACAUCGAUGUUCCCAAAGAUGCCUUCAUCAAGGUUUUGCAAAAGUAA